CCUUCCUUCAUCUUUGUUGCUUCCAGGUAGAGUUCAAUUUUUUCACAAGAUCUGUUGUGCAUUGCUGAUUAUCCCUAAACAAAGAGAAAAAAAAAUGAAACCUUUAGCCUUUAGUGUUGCUGAUGUGAUGCUCUCCGCCCUCAUCAGUUUUAUUUCUGAUCGAUUGUCGGCUUCCGAGUUUCUCAACUUUGCUCGAAAGGAGCAGUUUUUGUUCCAACUCAACGUGUGGGAGAAUCUUCUGCCCAAAAUCAAUGCCCUGCUCCAUGACGCACUGCAAAGCCACAACGCCAGUCAUGGCCUCAGACUCUGGCUCUCUGAUUUAAGAGACCUUGCUUACGAUGCUGAAGACAUCAUUGAUGAAAUUGACACCCAAUUUGGCACCACCAGCAAGGACUAUGAAUUUGACAAGAAUGACUUGGUUCUACUAUGGAUGGCUGAGGGGUUAAUACAACAAGCAAAGGGAGAAAAACAAAUGCAAGACAUAGGUCUUACAUAUUUUCAUGAUUUAGUUUCAAUGUCUUUUUUCCAACACUCAAGUAGGAACAGAAAACUAUUUGUUAUGCAUGACCUUAUAAAUGAUGUAGCUCAAUUUGUUGCUGGAGAAAUGUGCCUUCAUUUUGAGGAUACCUUUGAAGACAAGCCGCAUGCAUUUCCCGCAAAGCUUCGUCAUUUGUCAUUCACUUGCCACCAGUAUGAGAUUUCUAAAAGAUUUAAAGCAUUAGAUCACAUGGAGUCUUUACGGACUUUCAUAGCAUUACCAAUGGAUACAUCAUCUCAGGCAGCACAGUAUUACAUAAGUAACAAAGUGUUACAGGAGUUGCUGGCAAAAUUCAGAUACUUAAGAUUACCAGAAUCUGUGGGCAAGCUAUUCAACUUACAAACACUUUUAUUGCGAGGCUACAGGAAGCUUACUAAGCUGCCACAAGGGGAGCUUUCUAUUACUGGAUUGGAAAAUGUGGUGAAUGUUCGAGAUGCUAGGGAUGCUAAUCUAAUGGACAAGCAUGGUAUUGAUGGCUUAUAUUUGAAAUGGGGUAGUGAGUUCCUUGAUCACCAAAAGGAAGAAGGAGAUCCCUCUUUCACUAAUAUUGUGCACAUGAGCCUCAAUAACUGCAGUAAAAGCAUGUCACUUCCAUCACUUGGGAGACUGCCAUUAUUGAAGAAGUUGUUCAUUCGAGGCAUGAAUGGAGUCAAGAAGGUGGGUCUUGAGUUUUAUGGAGAUGGUUUGCCUUCUACUGAGAGGUUUCUGUCAUUGGAAAUUUUGUGGUUUCACAAUAUGUUAGAAUGGGAACAUUGGUCUUCCACUCAUAAAGGUGAUGAAGAUUUAGCUGAUGAAUUUCCUUCUCUUCAUGAGCUCUUGAUACAAAAUUGUCCGAAGCUAGCUGGGGGCUUACCAAGAUGCCUUCCUUCCCUUGUGAAGCUUAUCAUUAGUCGCUGCCCAAAGGACCUUGCAUGCCUGCCACAAGAGAUGCUAGAGUCUCUAGGUGCACUUCAAACCUUUGAUGUUCCAGAUGAUAAGUGUCUGCUUCCUCCAACUCUGACUUCUAUAGUCAUUUCCAAACUCAACAAUAUGGAAUCUCUAUCCACAGAACUGCAAAACCUGACCUCUCUUGAAGGGCUAGAAGUCAGUGAUUGUCCAAAGCUUCAUGAGUUGCCAAGGGAAGGAAUGCUUGCAAAACUUGGAAAACUUUGUACCAGAAACUGUCAACUUCUACAACAAUGCUUAGAGAAGAAAGUGGCAUAUUGGCCAUUGAAAGCCGCAUCCCUUGCAUAGAAAUAGAAUGGUAAUCUCUUUAUGUUUUCAGUUAUGUUAGAAAAACUCUUGUUGGACUACUUAAUCCUUGUUGUAAUGGACUUUGCACUGCAUUGGCAGAUUGAAUUCAAAAAAGACCCAGCAGUCAACUGUUGCAAGUGAGCUGUUUUUGGUAUCAAAUUGUGGGAGGCCGGUGGUGAUGGAUUCAAGGAGGAGGAGGAGAACCGGGGAGCCCUUUACCUUUGCUCAGAGCUACUGCAAGCUCAAUGGCUGGAUUAUGAAUGUAUUUCAACGUCAAAUUGGUCACACAGUAUCUUAAUGUUAAAUUGGUUACAUAGAUUUCUUAUUUUUUUGACUCAUGCAGAUUUAAACACAUUUUCUCCAUCGAACUCGGUGUUGCAGCACACCACAUACAGAGGGAAUAAAACACUUUUUAGCUUGAACUCUGUUUCAUGGUCCUGCUAUACUUGUAUUCGAGAUAAUCUAUCUUCUUUUUUACCUCCAACGCUUAACAGGAUUGUGGCAUCAUUAUGUUAAUGUUAAUUGGUUACAUAGAUUUCUUAUAUUCUUGACUCAUGCAGAUUUAAACACAUUUUCUCCAUCAAACUCGAUCGGUUUUACAGCACACUAAAUACAGAGGGAAUAUCGAAGGCUUUUGAGAUACAGAAGGAACGAAUUUUCUCCAUCAAACUCUGGUUUAUGCUUUUGUAUCAUUCUAACAUAUGUUUCAUUGGCCGAGCCCCUGCCUGCAUCAUUCUCAUUUGUUCUCCAUUUUCUUGUUGUCUUGUAGUUGCUUAUUUUCUCUUGCCUUUGUGCUGUUAUUAUAGCUCAUUGAAGAGUGUUU